ACAGAAUUGUUUUCUAGCAACACCUGAAGCUAAUUUAAUUAGUUAAAGGUACUUCCUAUUUUCAGAUAUUUUCAGUCUAUAUAAACCUGCUUCCAUUUUCUUUGUGUUGUUUCACUCAUUGCUAAUGAGAUCGUUUUGUGCUUUUGUAUUAUUAUUUACCCUUUUAGGGAUUGUGAUGGCAUAUAGAGAUUCUCCUGACAAGUGCUAUCAGUCCCCUCGGUCUUAUGGACCUUGUAAUGUUAAGGCCCAUGGAUACACCUAUGAUUCUCGUAGAAAUGUAUGUCGUCGAAUUGUCCUUCGGUGUAUGGCAAGUGGCAACUAUUUCUUUGACAAAGAAUCCUGCGAAUACACAUGCUUAAAGUAUAUUCAGUGACAUAAAUGAUUGUACAUGCCCUAAUGAUGCAUUUGUUAUUAGAAAGUAAGAACAGACUAUGAAAUACAAUUAUAAUAAUAUGUAUAAAUAUUCACAUAACUACUAUGAGCAAUUGGUUUUGGUCUGCAUAGUAUAAUUCUUUUCAAGGUUGAACCAAUUUAA